UUUACUGAUUAAAGACCAUUAAUUGUUUGCUUAGUACAGACAACAUCAUUUGUCUAUCAAGAAAUGGAGACAGUAGACGCACUUGAGCAUAGGCCUGAGCCUGAUCGUAUGACAUUCAAGGAUUGUAACCUCAACGAGACGGACGAACUUUGAUGUAAUAUCUUUUGACAAACUAAGGAUUCAUCCAUCUCGAGGAGGGCAACCAUCUGUCUGGUAGAAAUGGCGCUGAAAAAAUGGUGGAUGGACCACAAACACGACAUGAGGCUGGUCAUCACAAUAGAACCCGCCACGUUUCUCUAUAUAUUGUCUCUGUACUGUUCCUGGCCCGCAGCCCAGGCUCUUUACAUCGAGAAAGUGUGCAUGGGCAAAUACAAAUCAGAAGAAAUUUGUAGCAAUCUAACGUUUCACGACGUGGAGAGAGACUACGUCCAAACCGAGAGCUCACGCUGGUUCUUUUACAGCAUUUGCCUAGAAACAUUCCCGUCAAUGAUUGCAGCAUCUUUCAUGGGAUCUUGGGGCGAUCAAAUAAAUCGUAAAAUACCUAUAGUCAUCCCGAUUAUUGGUCUACUGAUAAUGCACUCUAAUUUUCUUUUGAACUCGAUAUUCAUUGACUGGCAUCCCGCUUUCGUUUUGAUAAGCUAUUUCUCCUCGGGUAUUCUUGGGGGCAUUGCGACGUUUUUGCUCUCAGCCUACAGCUACGUGGCCGUCGUGUCAAAGGGGAACAAAGAGCGCUUGGUUCGAAUCAGCGUCACCGAAGGUGUCCUGCAACUGGCCGGAGCAAUAGGGUUAGGCAUCUCUGGUCUGCUUGUGGAAAACUUUGGGUUUCCUGCUACCUUCGGAGUCUCCACUUCUUCCGCCGCGGUGGCUCUAAUUUACACAUUGUUGUGGAUAAAGAAUCCAAUUUCCACAGAAAGCAAGGAGCAGGAGGCGAUGUCAAAACAAGAACGAAAUCUCUGUGCAAGAUUGUUCGAUUGCAACCAUUUCAUUGACUCCAUGAAAUGUUUCUUUGUUAAAAGAGAGGAAUAUCGCAGACUUAUAUUAUGGCUGUCUCUGAUAACUUUAAUUCUGACAAAUUUAACAAUUGGAGCUGCAAUGACUCUUACUCUAUUAUUUCUGCGAUAUGUGGUCCCAGGCUGGAACUUGACCCUGUACGGUAUCUAUGCUGCCUUGAAGAACGUCAUGAUGAUGAUAGCCCUGUUCCUUUUCAUGCCUGUCGUGAAAAAGCUGGCCCUGGAUGACACCACUGUGGCCAUCGUGGGCCACGUAAGCGCCAUUCUUGGAGUGGUGUUGCUGGCUUUCAGUCGAUUUAUCUGGAUGGCUAUGUUAGUGCCUUUUGCGAACAUGCUGUCGGCGUUUAGCAGCACAGCGCUCAGGGCAGUUGUAGCAAGAAUGGUUGGAAAACACGAACAAGGCAAAGCGUUUGCAUUCGUUGGAAGCGCCCAGUCUCUGAGCGUCCUCUUGUCAAGCGUCAUCUUUAAUAACUUGUAUCCAGAGACGCUGCAUUUCUUCCCCGGGUUAAGUUAUCUGCUAUGUGCAGUACUUCUCCUAGUGGCCAUAGUACUAACAAUAAUCAUUCGGUUCCGUAUGCCCAAACCAGAAGUAAACGAUACAAUGAAUAGCACUGCAACGCUAGACAAAUCAGUUUCAGCUAUUGCAAUGAAUGAAGUCAUCACAGAUGUGGAACAAUAUCCACCCAUCAGCGGAGAUGGAAACGGAGAUAAAAGCGCAAAUUGUGAUGAAGUGAAUGGGAUUAGCGCUAAAGUUGUAUCAGAAGAGGACGCAAGACGUGCAGAGGAAUUAAAGGAAAAAGCAAAUGAGUUCUUUAAAACUGCAAUGACUCUUACUCUAUUAUUUCUGCGAUAUGUGGUCCCAGGCUGGAACUUGACCCUGUACGGUAUAUAUGCUGCCUUGAAGAACGUCAUGAUGAUGAUAGCCCUGUUCCUUUUCAUGCCUGUCGUGAAAAAGCUGGCCCUGGAUGACACCACUGUGGCCAUCGUGGGCCACGUAAGCGCCAUUCUUGGAGUGGUGUUGCUGGCUUUCAGUCGAUUUAUCUGGAUGGCUAUGUUAGUGCCUUUUGCGAACAUGCUGUCGGCGUUUAGCAGCACAGCGCUCAGGGCAGUUGUAGCAAGAAUGGUUGGAAAACACGAACAAGGCAAAGCGUUUGCAUUCGUUGGAAGCGCCCAGUCUCUGAGCGUCCUCUUGUCAAGCGUCAUCUUUAAUAACUUGUAUCCAGAGACGCUGCAUUUCUUCCCCGGGUUAAGUUAUCUGCUAUGUGCAGUACUUCUCCUAGUGGCCAUAGUACUAACAAUAAUCAUUCGGUUCCGUAUGCCCAAACCAGAAGUAAACGAUACAAUGAAUAGCACUGCAACGCUAGACAAAUCAGUUUCAGCUAUUGCAAUGAAUGAAGUCAUCACAGAUGUGGAACAAUAUCCAGUCUGAAUGGAAACAAGUUAACAAUGGAAGGAACGGGAUUUUUACCUGUUGAGUCCUAAACGCGCAUUACUGGUUACAUACAUAAAUUUUAUCGGUCGUAACAAGUAAAUAAAUUAAUUUUGUUGCAAAAUAAACAUAUAAAAAAAGCAAGUAAAAAAUUAAGUUUGAUCAAACUAUACUAUAGACCUAAAUAUCAAAUUUAUAUAACAAGCAAAAAAUACACUUUUGGUUUGUCUGAGACUUUAAAUAGUUGUAUUCCUUUUUUUCAUGAAAAUAACAUGAAGAGACUAAGAAAUAAGAUGCUUUAUGUCUUUUUUCAACAUUGAUUCUUUCAACACUUUAAUCAAAGAAACGGUUCACGUACAGUGUAUGGAGUAAAACAAACAAAUUAAAUAGAUGAUUUAAAAUACAAAAAUAACCCAACUACCAGUAGAGGGUAGAGAAACAGGAUUCAUGUUCCUUGCAAGGGAGUGCGAUGUUGGAGAAAAUCGAACGAUGGAUUUUCAAGGUUUCCUACAAAUAAUUAAAUGAGUGAAUAAAUAUAGAAACCAACAAUAAAUAAAUAAAUAAAUAAAUAAAUAAAUAAAUACAAUGUCCAAAGAAAAUUAUAAAAGCAAAGACAAUUAUAAAAGCAUAGCUUACAAUACAUCACUAGAUAUUAGGCCUAUUUCCACUAACGAAAAGGGCGUACGGACGAAUAAUAUUUUUA